AUGGUGACCAAAAGGAAGGGUCGCUAUGUUGCGACCGGCGUGACAGCCAAAGGGAAGGCCAGGACGGAGAAAGCGAGCUUGGCGAACAUGCUGCGCGCGAAGGAGGCAGCUAUCGCUGUCCGCGAAGCAACCGUCGCCGCUCGCGAGGCCGCGAUGGCGGAGGCAGAGAAUGCUCCUGGGCACAACGACAUCGUACACGAUGAUGGCGUCGAGGUCCAGGAGCAGCUCGAGUUGUCUGCCGAAUUAAUGGAGUGUAUGGGUGACGAGGAUGCCGACGGCGAUGCAGAGGUGUAG